CCCACGGUCUCUCCCGUUCCGUCCGUUCCCAAACACCUCCACCCGAUACCCCUUGGAAAACCCAACUCUCGAUUCGCCCUCGCCAUUGCCUGGCGACCCCAGCGAUCAAGGCCUUCGUCGAUUCCCCAGCCCAUGGCGUCGAUGCCUGCCAGCGGUCCCGCGGCCGCCUGCGACGAGGAAGUGCUGGUUCUUGAAGCGGAGGAGGGUGGCGGGGGAUCGUCUUGGCGAGCCGAACCGCCGUUGGCCCUCACGGCGGUGGAAGAACAGCAGGAUUACCGCGCCCUCGAGUGCCGCUGCUUCUGGAAAGCGGGGUCCUACGAAGUCCCCUCCAGACCCUCUCAAACCUCUCAUGGUUUGCUGGAAUCAUCUGAUUUCGACCGUGCACGCGUGCAUCCGAAGUUCCUGCACACCAACGCCACGUCGCAUAAAUGGGCUUUUGGAGCUAUAGCUGAACUUCUUGACAAUGCCGUUGAUGAGAUUUGCAAUGGUGCAACGUUUGUGAAGGUGGAUAAGAUAAACAAUUUGAAAGAUAAUAGUCCUAUGUUGCUUUUUCAAGAUGAUGGAGGGGGGAUGGAUCCAGAAGGUAUAAGGCAAUGCAUGAGCCUGGGGUUUUCAUCCAAGAAGUCAAAGACCACCAUUGGCCAAUAUGGGAAUGGGUUCAAGACAAGUACUAUGCGGUUAGGUGCUGAUGCAAUUGUGUUCAGUCGUGCAUGUCGUGGAAGCCAUGUUACAAUGAGUAUUGGUCUGCUAUCAUAUACAUUUUUAAGAAGAACAAUGAAGGAUGACAUAAUUGUCCCAAUGCUUGAUUUUCAAAUUAUUAAAGACCAGAUAGUACCGGUGAUAUACAGUUCACAGGAUGAUUGGGAAAAUAGCUUGAAAAUAAUUCUUGAUUGGUCUCCCUUUUCUUCAAAGGAGGAACUGCUGCUACAGUUUGAGGAUCUUGGGUCUAAUGGAACCAAAGUUUUUAUAUAUAAUCUAUGGAUGAAUGAUGACGGCCUUUUGGAGUUGGACUUUGAUGAUAAUGAUGAGGACAUAUUGCUGAGAGAUCAAGCCACCAGUGGAGGCUUUUCAAAAUUUCAUAAAGAAAUAGUGCAAUCACAUAUUUCUUAUACCCUUAGAUAUUCUUUGCGGGCAUAUGCUUCCAUUCUCUAUCUCAGAAAAUUCUCAAAUUUCCAAAUUAUAUUGAGAGGAAAACCUGUGGAGCAACUAAACAUUGUAGAUGAGUUGAAAUUUAAGAAAACAGUGACUUACAAACCUCAAGUUGCAGCUGACUCACCAGAUGUGGUGGUGAGAACUAUCAUUGGCUUUGCAAAGGAAGCACCAGUUCUUGGCAUUUUUGGCUUAAAUGUCUAUCAUAAAAAUCGUCUUAUCAUGCCAUUCUGGAAGGUGGUUCAAGAGGGUUCUAGUCGAGGAAGAAGUGUUGUUGGAGUUCUUGAGGCAAAUUUUAUUGAGCCUGCUCAUGACAAACAGGACUUUGAAAGGACACCAUUAUUUAUUAGAUUGGAAACAAAGCUUAGGCAAAUAGUCCUUGAUUACUGGAAAAAUAAUUGUCAUCUGAUUGGGUAUCAGUCUUCAAAUGCCGACAUACGUGUUAAACAGAAAGGAUCUGAUAAACAUUCUCAAGGGGUUGCACGAAGCAUGCAGCAGAAAACAACUGCUGGUGAACAUGUAAUAGGGCUCUCAGCCAAUGUGCAGCAGGGGUUACGAGCCAAGGAGCCAGUUAUUGGACUCCCAGCUGAUUUUCAGGACCAGCCAGCCGAGUCUAUAAUUGGACUAGCUGCUGGUUCUUCUGCACUGCCUUCUGUUCAAGCUCAUGCUCAGCAUCCUAUUGUGGAGCUAUCUGAUUUGAUUGAGGAUUGUGAAGAAAUCAAAUCAAUGGAUAUUCUGGAUUCGACAUUGAUUGAGAAGCUGAGUGAAGAGAACUUAAAGUUGUUCAUGAGGCGUGAAGAGCUCCAGCGCAGUGAGGCACAGCUUAAACAAACAAUUGAAGAACUGGACUGCGAAUUGAAGGAAGCCAGACAGAAAUGUUCUCAGCUUGCUGCCAUUGUAGAACUGCGAAGGAAGCAGCAGGUGACCAUGAAGCUUUGACAACAAAGAAGAUCCACGGGUAUUUGGGAUGCUCAGGUUAUUGUCAAAGUAUAUAUGUGAAAGAGAUUUCGAUAACUUUUUUCUUUAUUGAUUGCAAACCAUCAUCAUUUCAAAUAAUUAACACCUUGAUAUCUGCUCACAUGCAAAUUUCACUCGAAAGGGUUACAUAACUACAUAUAACCUCCUGAUUGAUCUGUUGACUGCCUGCCCAUUGUUGGCAAUGUAGUGACUGUGAAUGGCAAUAGAAAGACUUCACAUCCA